UAAUGAGACGUCAUCACGCAGUGAAAACAGUGACACUGGUCACCACCAGUUCUAUAUCGGAAUUUGAGCGCUUUAGAGAACCACAGGAGAUAAAUAACACCUUUAAUUCUGCAGCUUGACCGUUUCAGACUGUGUUUCAAUUGAAAGAGAAGAGAAUUUCCUCACAGCUGUGAAUGAUGGUAGUUCUGGGCAGCGCGUGCCGGCUCGUGCAGCUGGUCAGACGCAGCCCGUCCGGUUUGUGCAUGAGCGUGUUUCCCAGACAACAGUCAACAGCCGCAGCAGCUGCGUUUGCCAGUUCACCCACUCCAGAGACUCAGGAGAGCAGGAAACCAAAAACAGGGAUUCUGAUGUUGAAUAUGGGCGGCCCAGAGAAACUCCAAGACGUUCAUGAUUUUCUCUUACGACUUUUCAUGGACACUGACCUCAUGAAACUUCCUGUACAGAAUAAACUGGGCCCGUUCAUUGCCAAACGCCGCACCCCAAAGAUCCAAGAGCAAUACAGUAAGAUUGGAGGAGGGUCUCCUAUCAAAGCCUGGACCACCAUGCAGGGGGAAGGGAUGGUGAAACUUUUAGACGAGAUGUGUCCUGAAAGCGCUCCUCAUAAGUUCUACAUUGGUUUCCGAUACGUUCAACCUCUGACUGAAGAUGCCAUAGAACAGAUGGAGAAAGAUGGAGUAGAGCGAGCCGUCGCCUUCACACAGUAUCCACAAUACAGCUGCUCCACAACAGGCAGCAGUCUGAAUGCCAUCUACAGAUACUACACUAACCGUGGCGACAGGCCGAAGAUGCGCUGGAGUGUGAUUGACAGGUGGCCAACACACCCCCUGCUGAUCGAGUGUUUUGCGGAUCAUGUUCGUAAUGAACUGGAGAAGUUUCCUCCGGAGAAGCGUAAUGAUGUGGUGAUCUUGUUCUCCGCUCAUUCUCUGCCCAUGGCUGUGGUGAACAGGGGCGAUCCGUAUCCUCAGGAAGUGGGGGCGACGGUUCAGAGGGUCAUGGAUCGACUGGGUCACUGUAACCCGUACAGACUCGUCUGGCAGUCAAGGGUUGGGCCGAUGGCGUGGUUGGGUCCACAGACUGAUGAUGUCAUCAAGGGUUUGUGUCAGCGUGGGAAGAAGAACCUCCUGCUGGUGCCCAUCGCCUUCACCAGCGACCACAUCGAGACGCUGCAUGAACUGGACAUCGAGUACUCGCAGAUCCUCGGAGAGGAGUGUGGUGUGGAGAACAUCAGGAGGGCAGAAUCUCUGAAUGGAAAUCCUCUGUUUUUCAGGGCGCUGGCUGAUCUGGUUCAGUCUCAUCUGAAGUCUAAUGAGCCGUGUUCCCGUCAGCUCACCCUCCGCUGUCCGCUCUGUGUCAACCCCACCUGCGGUCAGACCAAAGCCUUCUUUGCCAACCAGAAACUCUGACCUUUGACUUGACAGAGUGACAUCACUUCACACUCGCACGCUUCCCCUCUCAUGCUUCCCCUCUCAUGGAUCUGAUGUGACGGCUUCAGGUGCUCUUAUAGACCCUGGUGGACAUUCCACAGAAAACAUCAUCAUCCUCCUCAAUGCUCCUGUCUGUCUGUCUGCAUGCUUCUGCUACAACGCUUUGUCUUCCUUUACAAACUCAAACUACAGUCAGUGUGGAACAUAUAAACAUCAUUUUAUAACGGUGCUAAAAUUCAGCCGUGUGCAGCGGUGCUUUUAAAGGGACAGUUCACCCGAACAUGAACAUUCUGCAUCUCCCGUCGUUCAAGUGUGUAGGACUGACCUUCACUUCUGCAUCACGAGAUGUUUGACAGAAUAUCAGUGUGAAUGUUUCUUUUCUUCAUAAAGUGAGCAUUAAAGUAGUCCUGAGAAAACAUAAACAGAGUUCAUAUGACUGUAGGUUUGUGUGAGAAUCUGAAAAUAUAGCCUCGGUCAUAUGAACUUCUAAUGUGAGUUUUGUCUUUCGUGAAGUAUGAGACUAGUGUGUCAUGAAAGAUUCAGAUGAACUGUCGCUUUAAAACAAUCCCCUGCACAUCAUCCCUCAUCCCGUCUUUGACCGCAGGGUCGCAGGUGCCUCUUUCUCCAUCCUGAACGUCAUCUUUCUGCUCAGCACCUGCACAUGCUUGUGCCUUCUCGCUGCCGUGAACGAAAUGUAGCUCAAUGAUGUGAUGAACGCUCACUCUUUUGUGCUUUAAAUGUGUGAAGAAGUCCAACAUGAAGCAUCUUUAGCUCACUUACUCUCUCUCUCUCUCUCCCCCACUCUGUCACUCACUCUCUCUCACUUUGUCUCUCACUUUCUCUAUCUCUCUCUCUCUCUCUCUCUCUAUGGUGUGUGUGAUCUGUGUUUGAAUAAAGGCACAUCCAUGUUCUAAUUCACCCCCCAAAAUAUCAAACUAAAAUAAAUAAAAAAUCUGCUUUGAAAUAUUGUGACACAAUUUGUUUAAUCAAAGUUUCUUUAAAGACUUAACUACACACAUGAGUAUGAAGAAAUAAACUACAUAAUGUCAAUCAUUUAUUCAUAUUACAUUCAUUUAUUUUUGGCUUUACAGUAAAAAGAGUUUAGGCACAAAAUUAGCAUAAUCAUCAUAAAAGUGAUAUCACAGUGCCACCAAUGUUAAUGAUACUAAAACAUCAUUUUAAUGACCAAAAUAUCACUUUCUUUUCAUUUUGGGGUGAAGUGUGAGCCUGAGAUGACUGUACAUGAGAUCCACACACAAACACGCUGUUGUUGAUUAAGUGAAGAAAGAUUGGCUGGCCUGGACCCAAUAACCCAAUAAUAAAAGAGAGAGAGGGCGAGAGAGAGACUGUGUGUGUGUGGUGAUCUGGGGGUGUGUAAGUCUCCUGGUAAUUGAAAAGUGGAAUGCUGGCUGCACUGGUUUCGUGACCUCUAAUUGAGAGCGAGCAUUGAUUUCUGAAAAGAGCGAGUGAGAGAGAGAGAGAGAGAGAGAGACUGUCGUGAUAGGGGGAGGGUGCAGAAAAGAGAAAUGAAGGAGUGAGUGAUUUUGUUGGUGGAGAGACUGAUCAGGUGAGCGAUUGGGAUGGACAGAUCUGCUGAAGAACCGAGAGAGAGAGAGAGAAAGGAUUGAAUAGAGAAAUCAGAUUUGUUUUCGACCCCAAAAUGUUUGGUUUUGGGUGUUCUGUGAAUAUCAUGAGAAAAUAUCCGUCAAUGUGUUUAGCUCUGAUGUUUGAUCAAAAUCUUUUUAAUGAUCAUUAAACUGGUUUUCAAGAAGGA